GGCCGCGGGCUGCCAGCCCGGGGAGGGGGGAGCGUGUGCCUCCCCGGGGCCGGCGGCGGCCCCUCCGCUCGCCUCUGCCGGGGUGAGCUCGGGGGGCCGGACCCCGCUCUAGAUGGGAUAAGCUGUAAACAUGUUUAGCUUUGAAGGGGAUUUCAAAACAAGGCCCAAGGUGUCUCUCGGAGGAGCGAGUAGGAAGGAAGAAAAAGCUUCUCUCCUGCAUCGUACUCAGGAAGAAAGGAGAAAACGAGAGGAAGAAAGGCGGAGGCUGAAAAAUGCAAUAAUAAUCCAGUCAUUUGUAAGAGGGUACAGAGAUAGAAAACAUCAAUACUCUAUCCAAAGAAGUGAAUUUGAUCGUUGUGCUAAUUUGGCCCAAUCUGGAGGAACCUUUUCCACCGCUAAUGGAGCGAAUUUGACUCUCUUAGUUCGUCAGUUGCUCUUUUUCUAUAGACAGAAUGAAGAUUCUAAGCGUUUGGUAUGGAUGUGUCAGAAUUUAAUUAAACAAAGUUCUCAGUUUGUUAAGCAAUUGGAUGGUCCAGACAGACUUACUUGCUUAUUCCAAAUAAAAAGACUGUUGGGGCUGUGUUGCAGGCUAUUGCAAAAUUGCAAUGACGACAGUCUGAAUGUUGCACUUCCUAUGAGAAUGCUUGAGGUAUUUUCAUCUGAGAAUACGUAUUUGCCUGUUUUACAAGAUGUCAGCUAUGUGACAUCAUUAAUUGAACAAAUUUUGCACUACAUGAUUCAAAAAGGCUACUACAAGUCGCUUUAUUUGUUAAUUAACAAUAAGCUUCCCUCAAGUAUUGAGUAUUCUGAUGUUUCUCGAGUCCCUAUUGCAAAAAUACUUCUGGAGAAUGUUCUGAAGCCAUUGCACUUUACAUAUAGCUCCUGUCCAGAAGGUGCAAGGCAGCAGAUUUUUGCAGCCUUCACAGAGGAGUUUCUGGCAGCACCUUUUACGGAUCAGAUAUUCCAUUUCAUCAUUCCAGCGCUUGCUGAUGUGCAGACCAUUUUCCCAUAUGAACUCUUUCUGAAUGCACUAUUAUUAGCAGAAAGUGGAUGUUCAAGAAGAAGUGAUCAAGCCCCAUGGCUUUUUUACUUUGUGUUAACAGUUGGAGAAACGUACUUAGGAUCCCUUUCAGAGGAAGGACUUCUUGUGUAUCUGAGAGUACUCCAGACUUUCCUCUCUCAGCUGCCUGUGUCUGCUGCUGGUACAAAUUGUCAAGAUGCAAACAGUGAUUCUGAAGAUGAGGAUGAAGAGAUCAGUAAAAUGACAACUACACCGGGUGAUGGGAGAAUAUCAGUUCAGUAUAUAACUGAGGAGUGUCUAAAGAAAUUGGAUACAAAGCAGCAAACAAACACUCUACUGAAUAUGGUUUGGAGAGAUUCAGCUAGUGAAGAGGUCUUUACCUUGAUGGCAUCAAUCUGCCACACACUAAUGGUACAACACCGAAUGAUGGUGCCAAAAGUCAGGCUUCUUUAUAGUCUAGCCUUUAAUGCCAGAUUCCUGAGGCAUCUUUGGUAUUUGAUAUCUUCAAUGACUACACGAAUGAUUACAGGGUCAAUGGUGCCACUCCUUCAAGUGAUUUCAAGAGGCUCUCCAAUGUCUUUAGAAGACUCUAGUCGAAUUAUCCCUCUCUUCUACCUUUUUAGUUCUUUAUUUAGUCAUUCACUUAUUUCUAUUCAUGAUAAUGAAUUCUUUGGUGAUCCAAUAGAAGUUGUAGGUCAAAGACAAUCAUCAAUGAUGCCUUUUACACUAGAAGAGCUUGUAAUAUUAUCACGCUGCCUUCGAGAUGCAUGUUUAGGAAUCAUAAAGUUGGCUUACCCAGAAACAAAACCAGAGGUUCGUGAGGAAUAUAUCGCAGCAUUUAGAAGUGUUGGAGUAACAAAAAAUACAGAAAUGCAGCAAUGUAUACAGACAGAACAAAAAAAGUGGAUUCAAUUAUUCAAGGUCAUCACAAACUUAGUGAAAAUGUUGAAAUCUAGAGAUACAAGGAGAAAUUUCUGCCCACCAAAUCACUGGCUCUCAGAACAAGAAAACAUUAAAGCAGAUAAGGUUACGCAGCUGUAUGUGCCAUCUGCUAGACACGUCUGGAGAGUCAGAAGAAUGGGAAGAAUAGGACCAUUGCAAUCUACUUUGGAUGUGGGUUUGGAACCAGCACCUCUUUCUGUAUCUGAAGAACGACAGCUUGCAAUUCUGACAGAGCUACCUUUUGUAGUUCCUUUUGAAGAAAGAGUAAAGAUUUUUCAAAGACUGAUCUAUGCUGAUAAACAAGAAGUUCAAGGAGAUGGGCCAUUUCUGGAUGGAAUUAAUGUCACUAUCAGAAGAAAUUAUAUUUAUGAAGAUGCUUAUGAUAAGCUUUCUCCCGAAAAUGAACCUGACCUAAAAAAGCGCAUUCGUGUUCACUUACUUAAUGCACAUGGUCUUGAUGAAGCCGGUAUUGAUGGUGGUGGAAUUUUCAGAGAAUUUCUGAAUGAACUACUUAAAUCAGGAUUUAACCCUAACCAGGGAUUUUUUAAGACCACCAAUGAGGGACUUCUUUACCCUAACCCUGCUGCACAGAUGCUUGUUGGAGACUCUUACGCCCGACAUUACUACUUUCUUGGAAGAAUGCUUGGGAAGGCUCUUUACGAAAAUAUGCUGGUGGAGCUGCCGUUUGCUAGUUUUUUCCUCUCAAAAUUGCUGGGGACAAGUGCUGAUGUUGACAUUCAUCAUUUAGCUUCCCUGGAUCCAGAAAUGUACAAAAAUUUGCUUUUUCUCAAGAGCUAUGAAGGGGACGUGGAAGAACUUGGACUAAACUUCACUGUGGUAAAUAAUGACCUUGGGGAAGCACAGGUGGUUGAGCUGAAGCCCGGUGGAAAAGACAUUCCUGUUACCAGCGCCAACCGAAUCGCGUACAUCCAUCUGGUGGCAGACUACAGGUUAAACAAGCAAAUCCGACAGCAUUGCCUUGCUUUCCGUCAGGGACUGGCCAAUGUUGUGAAUCUUGAAUGGCUUCGAAUGUUUGAUCAACAGGAAAUACAGGUUCUGAUUUCUGGUGCCCAGGUUCCCAUUAGUUUGGAUGACCUUAAAUCUUUCACAAACUAUUCAGGUGGCUACACAGCAGACCAUCCUGUAAUUAAAAUAUUCUGGAGAGUUGUAGAAAGCUUCACUGAUGAAGAGAAACGCAAAUUACUGAAGUUUGUAACAAGCUGCUCUCGACCACCUCUUCUGGGGUUUAAGGAGCUGUAUCCUGCAUUUUGCAUUCACAAUGGAGGAUCUGAUUUAGACAGGCUGCCUACUGCCAGUACCUGCAUGAACUUGCUGAAGCUUCCCGAGUUUUAUGAUGAAAAUCUUAUGCGAAGCAAACUUCUUUAUGCCAUUGAAUGUGCUGCUGGAUUUGAACUGAGCUGAGUCGAACUGAUGCUCGUUUGGAUGAUCUGCAGAGGAACUAACCAGUGCCUACUCUACAAGCAGCACCCAAACCCAAGCAGUUUUAAGGGAAUUCUGUCUAGAUUUCUGCAGCUCUUGUGUCUUAUCAAAUGUCCUCAAAUAGGUUUCAUUUUUAAACACGAUUUCUUAGUUAGCUUUCAUUAAUUAAUAUUACAUUGACACUGCUUUAUGAUUCAAAAAAAUGAAUGCCGUGUGCAGUGUGGUUGUUUUCUGUGUUUAUGUGAAGAAAGAGGACAUUUAAAGAACAGUGACAUCUCAGUGAAAUGAACCAAAGAUGAAGCUUUGGCUUUGUGCUGUUCAAACAUAAAUAAUUUCACAAACUGGCAAUAAAGUUGUGUACCGUGCAGCACAUUGGGACAAGACAGGGCUAACAUCCUGUAAUUAAUCUUUUAGAUGGAAGCGAAGCAGAUGUUUGCAGAUAUCCCAGAACUGAGAGGAUGAAAAUGCUCAUUACCGAUAACCUGACAUCUUUACUUACGUUGUAGAAUUGUUUACAAAUCAUAGUUUUGCAGAACUGAUUUUGUUUUAUAUACUACCUUCCCUCAAGAUGGUAGGCACUGAGAUAAAACAUUUAUAAUAUUCCAUUUGUGCUUUCUGAAAUACCUUGGAGAAAUCGGAUUUGCAUUAUUUUAAGUUCAAUCUUUGGCUGCGUCAUUACCACUUGAACACUGUCGUAAAUGGAUGUGACUAUCCAUAUUUCCUCUCUUCUGUUUCUCUCUUUUGUGCCUGUACAGAGUUUUUUUUUUUGUUGUUUUUUUUCAAUGUAUCAGACUCCUAUUGCAUAAACAGUACAUACAAAAGUCAUCACUUUGGAAAAAUAUACAUGUAACAACUAUUAAAAUUAUUUGAACCAAAGUUAUCAGGCUUUAUCUUUUAUAUUUGAAGCCUGUGGUGUUCACAUUCCCUUCCCCUGUCAUUUCUUUUCAUCUUAAAUGCCAUAUCUGUGCCGUAGACACUAGUCCCAUCUUUUUUUUUGUGAUUAAACAGCUUCUAUAUCCAUCUGCCUGCGGUAUUUCUGCUAAGAAAAAGUAGGUGGGGAUAUGCUGCUUAAUAUAAUUCGAUAUAUGAGAAAAACAAUUGCUUUCAUUUGGAAGGAACUGAUCCUCUAGUAGUAGGCACAUUGUUGGGUAUUCGUAUGCAAACUGCAGUCAGUUUUAAAAAGGAACUAUAGUUCAAACUGUUCAGAUUCAUAAGUGCAUCCCUCUGAACCUUAGUUUUAUAUUUUAAAUCAUCAAAAGUUACAAUCAAAUUUGUAUUCAUCUCUUAUGCAAAAAAAUAUUUUGCUGUUACUGGAAACUCUGUUGGAUUUAAUAUUUAAUAAGCAGUAACCAGCAAUAUCCUUUUAAAGGUGGGGAAACCGAGUGAUUUUGAGAUGUUUACUAGUAACCGUAUAAAAAUGUAUAAUUUCUUAAUUUGAGUAAUAAAUGAAGUGUUAAAAUGCUAUUUGUAGUCGUGAUGUACAGAAAUAAAACGAUUGGUUUUCUUUUUGGUUUUGCUUUAGGCUUUUUAUUUAUGUUAAAUAUUACAUACCCAACCUAUUCUUUAUCCCCAAAUUCUUUUCUUGUAUAUUUUUCUACAUAAAUUAUGGAACUUGUAAAGAAGUUGAAAAAGAGAUCAGUAAUAGUGGAAUUGCCUCCUCUAAUUGCAAAACCUGAACACUUCUUUUAGAUAGCAUUAUUUAUUUUAGAACCUAAUGCUUUAAAUAUUUUGAAAUUAUUUUUCGAUCCCGUUAUUUUGCUACACUGUGGGUAGUGUUGUAUCUGUAUUUUGUAAAAUUAAAUUUCCUAUUGAAUAUUUGUAUUUUGAAGAUCGUGUUGGGAGUCAUGCCCAGUAGCCGUGGCUGGUAAAGCAGGCUUUCUGCUUGGGGAAAAGGAGACGGUGAACACUGUUCCUGCCCGUCGCCGGCAUCCGAGUUGCAGAUACAGGUGUAGUCAUGUAAGAAAACUUCAGAAGAGAAUUUGAGUUUGCUGAAAAUACUCUUGACUCUUUAUUUCUUCGGUAUAUAGAACUCGGUGAUCUUGUUUUGUAUAUUCUGUACAUUAAGUAUGAAAUUUUGCCCUACUGGAUUGUGGGGUUGCAGCUGAGAUUUCACUCUGCAGGCAGCGAGGUGCAAAUCCCUGCUGCGGCAGCUUACACCACCUGCAGUAGCCAGACUGCAAUAAGAAGAGGGUAGGGCUUUCCUUCGGCAACGGGUGCUUUGAAUUCUGACCCUCAGCUGUUUUUCUGUAGUCAGGAUGAAGCACAAAUCCCUGCUUUUCAAUGAUCUAUUGCUGGAUAUUUUAAGGAACAGGCGAUAAAGGUAUGACAAACAAUAUAGGUAUAGUUAAUCAUGUCCUGAGGAGCUAAGUGGUCUAAACGACCUCUUUUAGCUCUUAUGUAGCAAGAAUUGUUUAUAUAUGAAAAUGGAUUUUCUGUUUUUUAAAAGCAGGGUGAACUCUCUCCCAGUUGUGAUGCUCCCGGAGUUUAGGUAGGCAGAGGCAGGCAGCACUCUGCAGUGCAAGGAACCCAAAAUGUUACUCUAGAUUUUGAUCCAUCAAAAUUACGGCUGUAAUAAUUAGGGUUUGGAGUUGUUUUCUGUGCAGGACAACCCUUCCUUAAAGUCAGUUUCUGUGCUUCAGUGUUUUGUCCUCCUAGGUCAGUACUUGCUUUUUGAAAAGUGACAGCAUUUUCUGUUUGGUUUUUGUUUUCGAAUAAUUUUGUUUUAUAAUUCUGUAAAUGGUUUUAAAAACAUUUUUGUUAAGGUUUAUCUUUAUGAUGGAAGAGAUCACAAAAUCUUCAUCUCUCCAAAGUUAAAAGGCAUAAAAAGCGGAAUAAAAAAACCCCCCAAAUUAGCAGUUGGUCUGUUUAUCUCAGUGAGAAUUUUUCCAGAUGUGGGUUUAGUCCUACAUGAGCUGGAUUAAAAGAAACCACAAACCAAACCAGAAAUGACUGGCCUCGUUCCUCAGUCUCAGUUGUCUUCCAUCAUGGCCCUGAAAGCCAGACUUGUAUAAAUUUCACAAAACUCACUCGUGAUUUUUAGGGAGAAUUUAUGUCUACAAAAGAGGAAAGAUUUGGCUCUAAGUUCCACGUGUAAACACUGAGCCAAUAGAAGUUUGCUUUGAACAACAAGGAGAUCUUCAGUUAUUUUUGACUGGGGUGCUCCAUAAUUUAAAAAAAAUGAGCUUCCUGAUGCUACUAGUAGCAAUGUGGACUGUUUUUUUGGCAUCACUUGAGUAAUCUAGCACAAGAUCCUAAUUUGAUCUAUAAAGGGGUUUGGAAUUCACAGAAAAGACUCCACGGAGUGCAGUGAGCUCAUGCUAAAUUUCAGUUUAACCCAAAAGCUAUUUGUUAAAUGCCAGUGAGACAGCACAUACUCUUUUUCACCACUGAAAAACAGUACAGCACAGAAGCAAAAAGGAAAAAACAAGAGAGCUGUUUUUCUUGGAAUGUUUUGUUGGAGCUGUAAUUUUAUUUGUAUUUAUAAUUAUAUGCAAAAACUUUAAAACAUUUGCUCAUAUACAUGGAUCUGUGUUAAUAAUGGUUUGUGAUGUAAAUGCUUGUUACUAUUUUUUUUCAUGAUGCUUUGCCUGUCAGUGAAGGCGAGAAGAAAUGGUCUGUAAAACUGAUCAGGAUAUCUAUAUUUUUAUUGACUUCUGCUUUUGUGAAUAAAAUAAUUUGAGUUUUCUUGAAA